AUGGUGGAGCCAUGUGGAGCCCUUGCCGAAACGGGCCCGCUUCUCGAUGGAAGCCGACGUCGAAGUGGAGGCGUGAUCCAAGUGCACUCCCAUGUCCUAAUGGCGGCUUCGGAGGUGUUCACACGCAUGCUGCAAUCCGGCAUGCAGGAAGCUCAGUCUGGGCGCAUUGUGCUUAGGGACAAGGCCCUGGAUGACUUCAGGGUGGUACUGGAGCACUUAGAUCUGCGGGGUGGAUCUCUCCCACCCCCCAUCACGCAGGAGAAUCUUGAGCUGCUUUUGGGGUAUGCAGAUGAGUACCAAAUCCUGGGACUGAAGAACCGAUGUGAGGGCUUUUUGCAGCGCCUUGCAAAGUCAAAGCCUGAAUAUGUACUUGAACUGUCAGCUCAGUACGACUUACAGAAAGCGAAGUUUGUUACGGCACGCCAUCUGGCAGCCAGAAAGGACAGCAUCUUACUGAAUUACGAGACGGACCCCACAGUACGGAAGGCAGUGUACACUGAGCUGCUGCAAUUAGUGGACGUGGAGCGUAGACAACAGAAAGCCGUUGUGGAGCUGGAUUUUACACCCCACGAUUCGCACGAGCACGCUUCUAGACAUUGGUCUGUGAUUCUGAAGACUUUGGCUGACUUGAAAACUCAAGAGAAAACGAACUGCGAAUACGAAGACGAAGGGAAUCGGUGGAGAAAGCACCUGCUCAUGAUUGUCCGGCUAUUCUUGUCCGACUUCGAGGAGCAGUGUGAAGGACAGGAGGAGGAAGAAAAGCGAGAGGAGGGGUAG